GUUGUCAGGAUGCAGCUUCGAUGGUUGCUAGGGGCGUGUCUGUGGUUGCUAUGCAUCGAAGAGGUUCGGACAACAACCUUCAAGAUCGCCUUGGUCGGUCCGUGGUCAUGUGACCCGUUGUUUUCCCGGGCGAUGCCGACAGCAGCGGUCACGCUGGCAUUGUCCAGGUUACGGACUGACACCAGUAUGAGCAGAGGGUACUGGUAUGAUGUCAAAGUGCUGGACGAGGACUGCUCUGCCUCCAAAGCUCUGACCAACUUUGGGGACUUUGAAGGUUAUGGCUAUGCCUACAUUGGACCCUUUAAUCCCGCCCUCUGUCACUCUGCCUCCCUAAUGACUGAGCAUUGGGAGGCUGGACUCUCCUCUCCUGGUUGUCUAGAUGCUGACUGGCCAAACCUGCCGCCACUGACUCCUCCCACCAGAGUCCUGUUCACCGUGCUCAGAUUUUUUGGCUGGGCGCAUGUCAGCAUCAUCACAG